AAAUUGUAUUCGAAACAAAAUAUUUGAAAACUGUUGCAGUUUUGUUUAAAACCAUUCAGUUUGACAGCUAGAAGUGCCGGAAUGGUUUGUGAUUGGCGGCGAAUGAUCUGCAGCGAGGCACUAUUGGCGCAGCGGCGGGGCGAGCGGGGUGCGCGGGCCUCCCGCCAUCGCCAACAAUGGCCGGCGGGUAACUCGUUAGCGAAUAGCUUUUAUCUCUUUCUAAUAUGCGCUACGCAGGUAGGAAUUAAUGAGACGGAGAGGUUUCCGUCCCGGCGCGUUACAUAAAUUCUAUCCCGCUCACACUCGGUGCGUCCGAUUCGCCUUCCCGCUCGCAGAGCGCGGCGGCGGUAACGUUCGCCGCGACGGGGAAUUCAGAGUCGUAGAGCCUCAUACGCGGGUCAUAAACGAUCCGCGGCCAUACUAGAGGUGCACGCGCGCGAAUCGAUCCGAAUCGCCGGCGAUAAACGCAUCCUCCCGCGAGGCGUACGUCGCGCGCCGCGUCGCCGCCGAGCGAUGAGUUCCAAGUUCAUCAUCGAUAGCAUGCUUCCGAAGUACCACCAGCAGUUUCACCACCAGAACCUAUUCGCGGGUGCGGGGGCGUCGCCUAUAGAGGCGUCGCUGUCGUCUUCGUUGUCGUCGUCGCUUUCGUCGUCGUUGUCGUCGUCGCUGUCCUCCUCGCUGUCAGGCGCGGCGGCGCUGGGCGCGGGCUCGCCAGGAGCCGGCAGCCCGCAGCGGUCGUCGUCCUCCUCAUCGGCGUCGCCCGGUGCUCCAACCAGGAUGUAUCCCUACGUAUCGCAUCACCAGCAGUUUGGAGGCUCGGUGCCCUUCACCGGCGUCGGGGCCGACGACAAGAGUUGCCGAUACCCCGCGGCGGUGGGCGCCGAUCCCAUGAUGAACUACGCGCUGACGCAGCACAACGGCGGAGCUGCUGUAUCGGCAGCAUCUGCCAGCAUGGCGGCAGCGGCGCAGUUCUAUCAUCAAGCCGCCGCCUCCGCCGCCUCGGCCGCUUCAGCUGCCUCGGUGGACGCCAUGGGCGCCACCUGCGCACAGCCCUCCGCCCAGCCGUUGCCUGACAUCCCGCGCUACCCGUGGAUGUCUAUUACUGAUUUUCCAUUUCCAGAUUGGAUGAGCCCCUUCGACCGCGUGGUCUGCGGUGAGUUCAAUGGUCCGAAUGGCUGCCCUCGACGACGAGGCCGACAGACAUAUACAAGGUUCCAGACAUUAGAACUGGAAAAGGAAUUCCAUUUCAACCACUACCUGACGCGUCGACGCAGGAUAGAGAUCGCACACGCCCUGUGCCUUACGGAGAGGCAGAUCAAGAUUUGGUUCCAAAAUCGACGUAUGAAACUCAAGAAGGAAUUGCGCGCAGUGAAAGAAAUCAACGAGCAGGCGCGCAGAGAGCGCGAGGAACAGGACAGAAUGAAACAGCAGCAGCAGGAGAAGCAGGCGAAGCUGGAGGGGCAGCACCACGGCCACCACGUGACUCACCACCACGACCCUAUGAAGAUGCCCAUCGACAAGGGCUCCAACGACCUCCUCAAAGUGAAUAAGGUGCCGACGUAAGGCGUCUGGCCAAAGCACUAGGCAAUCUUGACUGAUACUGUAUCAUAGUGUGAUUACCUGAAGUGUUGCGUCCACGGGGAGCAGCGCGCAACGGUUGUCGUUUCGUAUCCACUAGUUCUUUAUGUUUUGCGGCUGGUUCAAUGGGAGUGUCGUCUCGUUGUGGAGGCAUUUUGACUUCGUAUCAAUGUUCCUUUAGUGCGAAAGACUCGCCUCCAUGUUCGCUAGUGGACGGCUGGUGAUGUGCUUUAAGCAUUUAUUUUGUUGCCAUAACCACACUAUGUAUUGCAAUAAUAUUUUAUCUAAAAUAUACAAACGCGUUAGUGUCGCCCUAAGGAUUACAUAUAAAUUCCGAGUGGAUUUCGGUAUUGUUAGUUAAGAUUUUAAAUCUGUGAAUCUCAUAGUAUUUAUUGC